AUGGGCUUCACUCUCCAGGAAUUGAUAAUCUCAGGCCUCUAUGUGUGGAAGACUAUUGGGCUUCUUAGGGUCAUCUCGAAAGAAAAUACUAGGAGCAUGAUCUGGCAGCUUCUGGCAAUCAACAUUCUUAUCAUUGCCAUGGACACAGCUCUAGUAAUCUUACAAUACAAGCACCUUCAACUCUACAAGGAAGUUAUCAAAGGCUUCUUCUACAGCGUCAAGCUCAAGCUUGAACUGAGCAUCCUCUCCAAGCUUGUUGACCUCGUGAAUGCACCUUCAGCUGACAGGUCAAUGAAUCUGGAAAUUAUCGAUUCAAAUGUGGUUCCCAGACAAGCACACGCUGAAAUGCGGCAUGAAUUGUCGGCGCUAGAAUAUAUCCGCUCGUCUGCAACCACUGAUGAGAUUGGAGUAUCGCAUAUUGAGGACGCCGCGGCCACGAAUGCGAAGUACAGCUCUUCGAUGUCUGGCUCACCUGAUGAAACUGAUGAACUAACACACCCCACUUCUUGCGACUCUCGAAACAGAGGAAGAAUAGCUAGCCUUUAUUCUGAAAUUUCGUACGCAAACAUCAUACGCUCCUUGAAGUGA